AUGUCAGCCGUGUCAGCUGAACCAGCCAGGACAGCUGCGCCAGCUGUGGCAGCUGCACCAGCCGUGGCACCAGCGCCAGCAGCGCCUACUGCUUCAGCUGUCUCGGCUGCCGCGGUGGAAGCUGCACCAGCUGUGACACCUGCGCAAGCAGUGACUUCUGCUUCAGCUGUGUCGCCUGCAGUCGCCGUGCCGGCUAUGGCCACUGUGCCGCCGGGGGCAACUGCAACGGCCGCACCAGCUACGUCUCCGCAGCCCCAAGUUCCUGCCCAAGCAACACCUCCU